AUGCCUCAAGGAGGUAUAAAAGGUAUCAACAUGAAAUUUGCUAUCUACUGCAGGAUGCAAUGCUUGCAAAAGACGUUGACCGCUUCAUUUCCGAAGUAA